UCAAUUAAUUAAUUAAUUAACAAUAAUAAUAAUAAUAAUAAUAUUAAUUUUAAAAAAAUUAAAAAUAAUUAUUAAUCUUUAAAAAAUUGAUAUAAUCGAUUGAUCGAUAGAUCAAAAAUCCAAUCUGACUGGAGCAGCAGUUGUGUGUGCGCGCACACAUGUAUAUAUAUAUAUAUAUACUUUUUGUGUUUAUUGAAGAAUAUGUGAAAUUAUUAUUAUUAUUAUUAUUAUUAUUAUUAUUAAAAAAAGAAGAAACUAUAAUGAAAAAUAAAAAAGAAGAGAAUAUGGAUAAAGAUAUAGAUCGAAAUGCGGCGCGAUCUGUAACUGUCAAUUUAUGCAAAUUUUGAAAGAAGGAAAGUUAUGAUGCCAUUGAAAUGGAAGUCCAGGAGCUACAAGACAUGAUGACGGAAAAGGAAAGCGUGAUAGUUAAAAACAACUUAUCUCGUUCCAAGUCAGAUGAUGUUUGCCAUUCGUUGGCGAAGGAAGUGAUUUUAAAUUUAAAUAUAAAACAACCAAUUUUUGUAACUAGUGAAAAAUUUCUCAGUUUUACAUUGGAUCCAUCAUGGAUUUUUUCUGAUGAUUUGAAAAAUAUUUUUUUAAGUACAAAUUUGGAAAGAAAUAUUAACAUAGCAAAAGCAUUUUCGCCUGCCUAUGUUCGUUUUGCUGGACCGCAAAGUAAUUCUUUUACUUUUGAAAAUGUAAAAUUACUUCAGGAUAAUCAAACUAUUUCCAAUCAUAAUUUAAAUGAAACGAUUUUGAACGCAAUUAAUAAGUGGGCGGAAAAAUCGGGUUUAAAUUUAAUCACAUGCAUUGGACAAGAAUCAAAUGAAUAUAAUGAAGAUUCAUCAGAAACAUGGAAUUUAAUUGCCCUUAGUGAUCAAAUGGGUUAUAAUACAAGUUGGCAGCUUGGAUAUGAAUGUCAAACAAGAUGUGAUUUGCGAGGGGAAAAAUUAGGAAAAGAAGUUAAAUAUUUACGAAAAAUGCUUAAUGAAUUUCCAAGAUAUUCAACGAGUAUUAUUGUUGGACCUGAUGUAAUUGGAUUUAAAACAAAAAAAGAAAAAAAAUAUUUACAGAAUUAUUUUAAUUCAGCUGGAUCUGCUCUUUCAGCAGUAACUUGGCAUCCAAAUUUUGAUCAGAUUUCUUUAAAUAAUAAUGAAGUAAUAAUACGUGACGAAAAUAUUUUGACUAAAAAGGAAAAUUUAGAAAAAAUCAUUGGAGAAUCAAUAUCGGAUAAACCAUUAUGGAUAGCCGAAUCAAAAGAAGAGAAAUGUAAAAAUCAAUUUAUUGGCGCACUUGUGUGGGCCAGAAGAUUAGGAAAUGCAGCAAAAAUUGGUGCUCAAAUUCUAAUGAGACAGCCUUUUAAUUCAAAUUUAUUCAAAUCCACUCCGGACUUUUGGGUCUCGUUACUUCACAAAACUUUGGUUGGUCCCGAAGUAUUCGACAUAAAUAUGCAAAUGGAAAAUAAGAGCGAUAUUAAUUUCUUUUGUCAAUGUACAAAACCUUCUUUAAAAUACAAAAAAGGAUCACUAACAAUUUUUGGAAUUAAUUUAACACCCAAAAUAAUAAUGGCAAAUUUAAAUGAAUUCAAAAUCAAUGAAAUUGACGAAUACAUUCUUCUACCAGGAUUUGACACUACGAAUCGUAUGUUUGCCGAAACUGUUCUUUUAAACAACAAGCUCCUUGAAUUGAAAAAUAAAAAUGAAAUACCAAAUAUCAAACCAAUUACAAGAAAAAAUGAAAACAGUACUGUCUCCAUUAUUCUUCCAUCUGGAGGAAUUGGUUUCUGGGUGAUUCCAAAUUUAAAGUUAAAGAUUUGCGGAUUUAAUGAGAAAAAGAAAAAGAAAGUGAAUAUUUUUACACAUUUACAAAAAGAGGAAAAAGAAAAUUUGCCAACUGAAGAAUUUGAAAUAUUAAAAGAAAAAAUAAAAUCAGUUCAAUUAGAACAUAAUAAACAAUUAGAUUUAACAAAUGCCGAUGAGAAAAAAAUUAUAAAAAAAUUCAAAAUCGAAAAGCAAAUAAAACGAUCAAGAAGAGAAGCUAAAACUGUAAAUAAUUCCGAUGAGAGUACAACAAAAUCGAUAAUAAAUUCUUCAAAAAAAAUUUCUUCCCCCAAUUCUACAGAUAAAAAAAAUUCAAAUUCUGAAAAUUCAACACAACAAUCAUCAUCACGUAAACAAAUUCGAAGUAUUUUCACAAGAGAGACAAAAAAAUCUGAUAAUCAAUAUCAAACAAAAUCAUAUCCAAUAAAUAUUCCCUCUAAAUUAUCCUCAAAUACCAAAAAACUAAAGAAAAAAAUGAAUAAAGCAAAAAUAAAAUUGUUCACAAUUUUUCAAGAGAUGACAAAUCCAUUAAAAUAUCUACGACCAUUUAUUGUCAAACGUGAAACCAAUAAAAUAUCAUUGGAAAAAUUCAAAGAAUUACAAGAAAAUCAAAAAAUUCGUAAUGCAGAAAUACUUCGCAAUCUCUAUGAAAGUAUUGAUAAAUUAAAAAAUUCCAAUAUUUUGAAAAAUACAUUUGGCGAUGUAAAACUAAAACAAUUCAUUGAAAAAACAAAAGAGGAAUUAGAUAAUUUAAAAAAUAAUCUACGUGCAAAACAAGAUGAAAUCAUAAAGAAUUACAAAUCAAAAUCAACAGAUUUUUUCAAAAAACCAAAUACACUCAUAAAACGAGAAACAAUAAUUCCAGAAAUAAUGUUAAAAUCAGAAAAUAAAUCUGAACCUGAAUCUGUAUCAGAAUCAACUGAAUUUCCAAGUACAGAUUUUAUCAAAAAACCGAUAAAACAAAUAAUUCCACAACAGUUAAAAUUAUCAGGAAAAGAGGAUAAAUCUGAUGAAUCAAUCGAAAUAGAUGAUGCAGCAUUAUUUCUUAAAAAUUAUUUACAAAAUUAUCCAAAAAUACCAUUUGAUGCUAAUGCUCUACAUGAAUCUGUUAAUAUUUUUCAAUCAAACUAUGAUGACACAACACCAUUAUAUGAUGAACUAUCAUCAUCAGUAUCAUCAGAAGAAGAAGAAGACGAAUCCUGGAAGUAUAAAAAAAAUAAACGAAUUUCUCGAUCAGUUAAAUUUGACGAACUGUCCAAUAAAUUUGAAAAGAAUAUCGUUAAAAUUAUCCUUAAAACUCUAUUCAAUAAUAGUGGGGAAAAAAAAUAUUCCCGUAAACGAAGAGAUGCGGAUAGUUAUGAAAUUAAUUUUGACCAAACUUCCGAUAAUGAAAAAAGCAUAAAGAAAAAUGACGAUAAUGACGAUGACGCAGAAAAUUCACGAGAUGAAAAAAGAAAAUCAAAGAAACGAAAAUAUAAUUUCAACAAUGAUAUAUUUUUACCUAAUUAUCCCUAUCAAUCGGAAUUUAUUCAACCAAAUUUACCAUUUAUAAAUCGAAAUUUUUGGAAUUAUCCCCCAUUUCCGCGAUAUGAUUAUUUUAUUCCAUACGAAAAUCGUCAUCAAAAUCCUUUCUUUUCUGAUUAUUCUAUUCCAUACGAAAAUCGUCAUCAAAAUCCUUUCUUUCCACAUUAUGAUUAUUCCAUUCCUUACGAAAAUCGUCAUCAAAAUCCUUUCUUUCCUGAUUAUUCUAUUCCGUAUGAAAAUCGUUAUCAAAAUCCUUUCCUACUUCCGACGGUUCCCUACAAAAAAUUUGAUGAAACUCCGUCUGCCGACGAAUUCACAAAUAAUUACAAUGAUCAUUUUAAAUAUGAAAAUUCUGAUCCUUAUUAUCAUCAUCAUCAAAUUCUACCACUUUAUCGACGUCGUCGUGAGGUCAAUGAAAAUACUAUGGAAAAUGAUAAAAAUGUAGUUGGCGCUAAUGUCAAAAAUCAAGAUCAGAAAGGUAAUCAGAACCAGAUAAAUAAUCAGAAGCAGGUAAUUAAUCAGAACCAGAUAAAUAACCAGAAGCAGGUAACUAAUCAGAACAGGCUAAAAAAUCAGAAUCAAAUAACUAAUCAGUACCAAGCAAUUAAUCAGGAUCAGUUAAUAAAUGAUCGCUAUCAAAUUAUUGCUAAAAAUACUCUUAACGAUGUGAAAAAAAUGGACCUUGAUUUUUUGAAGAAUAUAGAAAAUUGUUUGGAAUCAUCAUUGGUAAAUUGUCGCGAUGCAUUCACUACGGAAAAAAUAAUUGACAAAGUUGAAAAUAAUUAUUCUGAUAUAGAAAAUUCCAAAUCAGAAAUUCCAAAUAAUUUGGAAUCUCUAAUGAGUAUUGAGAAAAUUUUAAAUAAAUCUGCACAAUCAACGAAACAUCAAGUACACAGUCGUAAAAUGAUGGGUGAAAAUAAAAAUAAUUGAUUUGACUCUAUUUUAAAAAUUAUAUCACCGAAACAAUGGAAGAUAUAAAUAAUUUUAUUUAUUUCAACUAAUUUAUUGGGCGAAAAUAAAAUUUUUAUUUAAAUCUAAUAAAAAUUUUUAUUUGAAUCAAAUAAAGGUUCUUUUUUAAAAAAGAAAUAACUAUUUAUUUUGCUCUAAAAUAAAUAUAUUAUUUCUCUGGGUCUAU